AUUUUGUGAGGGGAAGCGGUUUUAUUUAGUUUGCUCUCGGGUUUGUUUCCUCUAUCUUUUCCCUCCCCGAUCCCAGGGGGCGGGGAGGGGGUUAUUAUUUAUUACCCCUCCUCUUCUGCUUCCCCUCCCCCCCCCCUCUCCCCCCGGUGACAGCAGCAGCGCCGCCACCGCCGCCAUUUUGUGUUUAUCUCCCUCUCUCCCUCUCCCUCUCUCUGCUGCCUCUCGCCAUGGCGCACUGUUCAGUGUUUGGUGUCAUUUAAAACAAAAAUACACACGCACAUAGACAGAGGAAAUAUAUAUAAUAUAUAUAUACGCGCACACACACACGCACCAGGAAGGAAGGAGGGGAAAAAAAGAGAGAGGAGUGGGGGGGGGUGGGGGCAGAGAAAGAAAUCCCCCCUUUCUACCAUCUGUUGAACAACGCGAGAGAGAGAAAAUCCACCUUUUUUUUUGUUGUUUGCGUGCAGCCAUGAAUGUGUGAAGGAGAGGAAGGCAAAGCCGAGUGGACAGAACGUAUACACGUAUUAUAAAACACACACACACACACACACUAAACGAGGAUGUCUUUCUAAAAAGCGGUGGAUCUCUCUCUCUCUCUCUCUCUCUCUGAUUUCGCCUCCCCUCUCUUCCCACCCCUCCUUAUGUUCCCUGUCUUCCCUCCUCAUGUGCCAUGGCGGACUGUGGAAUGGAUCAUGUGAGAGAAAGAGAAAAUAUUAUCCGUUCUGAUUCCAGCUUUGAAUCAUGGAUUUCAGUAAGGGAUUCUUGAGCUGUGUGCAGCUAAUGAAUGACUGUGAUGCUGCAUUUCAACUGGGAGCAAUAACCAAGCAGCUUGUGUAGCAUCAGUGUUCUGCUACAGAAAGCAGCAAUCUGAAGGCACAGGUGGCUCUUUCUAACAAUCCUUGCCAAACUGGUAAGGAGUGGGCAGUUGCAUAAUGGAGCAAAGAAAUACCUUAUUAGGAUCUUUAAACCAGCCUUUGAGCAUUGAUGCAGAGAGCAACCCUGGAAAAAAUACUCCAACUAAUUGCAACAACAAAGUUGUUGGCAAGAGAGAGGGAGAGAUAGAUGGAGGUGCCUUGGAGGAAGAAGAUGGUACGAAUUGGAAGCAAGAGGGGGCAAAAGCUGCUGACUCAGGGCAAGAACUGGAUCCACCAAACUCUGACCAGCAGCAAUUCUCUGUCAAGGAGACAAAUUUUGCAGAAGGCAGCCUGAAACUCAAAAUUGGGUUGCAACCCAAGAGAACUAAGAAACCCCCCAAAAACCUGGAGAAUUAUGUUUGUCGGCCUGCUAUUAAAACAACCAUCAAGCACUCACGGAACAAAAUUUCCAGAAGUGGGAAAAGCACCGAGGAGAGAGAGGAAGACAAUGAGCUGAAACGGGGUUCUCUGAAGUUGCACAAGAAAAGUGAAGAAAUAAAGACGGUUGAACCUUCAGUGGAGGAAAAUCGCUAUCUACAAACAGGUGGUGAUGUGAGAAACCCCCUUCCUUCGAGUUUGGAACACUCUGAAUGUAGUAAAGCUGCUGUGUGUAGCAUGGGAAACAUGCGAAAUGCUGACACAAAAGAACAAGGACAAAUGAAUGGCGAAGCAUCUUUGGUUGAGAAAUCAGCAAUGCUAAAAAGUACCUGUCCUGCAUCAAAGUCUUCCAGAACUAAGUUUAGGAAGCAAGGAGCUGGCAACGGGAUGGUGAUGAACAAAGACUUAGGUCAGCUGAAAGCUAGCCUUGCUGCUGCCAGCUCAGUUAAGGAGCACUUGAGCACUCCAAACUACGUAGAUUACAAGAGUGUGAACUUAACUGAGCAGGAGGCUCCACAAUGUACAAAGGACAUUGUCCACAGUAAAACUUGUGGCAAGACUGUUUUAAUGCAAACAAAUAAGGAAUCCACUCUAGAGAAAGCAUUGGUGAGGCAAGAGUCUCCAGGGCACGAUGCAGUGUUGUGUAGUGAAGGAAUCUCACCCCGGCAUGAUAGGCCCCCACCUUCAGAAAAAGCAGAGCACACGAUCCCGAAACUAGAUAAGCAACCUACAAUAAAUUGCACUUCAGCAGACCAUAGAACGACAACUAGCACGGACAUCUAUGGGCGGAGGUCCACCAGUGGUGCAGGGGUGGAAGGGACCCCACCUGCACCUUCACCAGCAGGGCCUGCAGCUUCAGUUAACAGGAGUACUGUGUUUCCUCCUCCUCCUCAGUUAGAACCUGACCCAGUCUUGGUCGUUUCGGAGUCAGACAGCAAACCAACAACUGAAAGUCAGCCAGCAUCGAGCAACCUACCCCUUCACUUCGGUUUCAAGCUGCAUGCUCACAGCUUCAGUGCAGAAUCUGUGACAGUUGAGCGCAUGAGUGAAAGUGGUUUGCAGCCACCGCGCUUGGAUAGCAUGAAGGCUUUCACUCAACUAACAGGGGGCAAUCGUGAAUUGGGAUCUUCUCCAGUGCCUAAAACUGACUCUUCAAGUUCUGCUGGGAGCACUGUGGCUAGCUUCAAAAGCAUCCUGAACAACAAAUCCUCAUUCAAGCCAAGCACGCUGAGAGUGGCCCAUCAACAGCUGCAAAGGACGUACCAAAACUGUCCAGUCCCUAAUUCUCUCCAGCUUAAACCUGUAAACAAAAGGAAAGGCAAGAGGCCGCGAAUGAAAGUGGUUACAAGUAGCAGCAGCACUGUUGCUGCUUUUGGUGAAUGUUUGCCUUCAUCCAUAGUCUCAUCCGGGCUAUUGAAAACUGCACCAUAUAGAACCGAACAAAAAGUGCAUAGUGACCAGGCUCAAAUGAUCAGAAACACAGGAUUUUCACCAGUUUUAACUGAAACGAAAAUCGUUAAGCCCCGACUGCCAAAGUUAACUAAAGCUUGCAUUUCACCACCACUACCCCAGAAAACUGAGAGUGGGAGACAUUUUAUAUCGCUGCAAGCUCAUCACGACGAUAAAGUCUCUAAAAAUGGUUCUCAAGACUCCCAGUCAUUAAGUGGUAACUUAAAUGUUCAUAAAUCAAAAAGAAGCAGAGCCAAACCUGACCCUAUGCCACAACUUGAAGAGCCUCCACGUAGGACUUUAAAGAUUCCUGCUUCCAAAGUAUUUUCAGUGAUGUCAAAGACGAAAGAAUUUAUUGGGGAGAAAGAACCUCCUAUCCUUCAACCAGAAACUGAAAUUGUACCCAGUCCAAGUUUUGAGGACUCUCUUCCAGAAAAACGGAGGCGGGGACGGCCGAAAAAGCAGCUGAUGUCCACAGCCAAAGCUGUAGUGCCUGCCUCGCUCCUCUCCACGCCGUUAACUGUUCCAGAUAGUCUGGAGACUGAAUCAGAGGUUGCACAGCACAGAGGGCUUGACACGAGUGAAGUAAAGAAUAAGCCAGUAGAACAUGUGCAGAAAAUAACCUCUGGUGAUGGCAUUGAACUGGGGAGUGAAGCAGAUUCCAAAUCUAUGAAGAAAGGGAAGAGGCAAUUGAUGAAAACACUUUUAGACAAGAAAUUUAUCAAAAAGAUCAACAAAAUGAAAACGCUGAAAAGGAAAAAGCUUCUGAACCAGAUCCUUUUGAGUGCAAAUGGAUCUAGUAGUAAAGGGAAAGUGCAAUCAAAACUCAAUAAUACCGUCUCAACUCUCACUGCCACAUUUGGCUCCAAGUUGGGCCAACAAAUUAAUGUUAGUAAAAAAGGAACUAUUUACAUAGGCAAGAAAAGGGGCCGAAAGCCCAAAAUCUCAUUAGAUGGUCCAUUUCUAAGUAGCUCAUUGUCUAUUGAUAAUAAGAUGACAUCACCAACAUCCACUACAACACUCGGGCAAGUCCUUCCAAACUUCUCUCAGUCAGCAGUUGCAAAUGUUCCUGAUGUCCUGCCUUCACCAACUUAUUCCCAGUCAUCAGGGGUGAGUGGAAGUCAGAGUCCUGUUAGCAGUGAUGCUGGGUUUAUUGAACCAACCCCAGUGCCAAAUCUGCACGGAAGUAAAGGCAAUGUGGUGCAGACACUCGCAAUGCGGAAGGUCUCCAAAGGACGCAGAAAGCUUUCACCCCCAACAUUGCUGCCAAACUCCCCGUCUCAUUUGUGUGAGCUGACAUCAUUGAAGGAGGCCACCCCUUCACCCAUCAGUGAGUCGCAUAGCGAGGAGACCAUUCCAAGUGACAGUGGCAUUGGGACAGACAACAACAGCACAUCAGAUAGGGCUGAGAAGUUCUGUGGACCAAGGAAACGGAGGUACUCCUUUGAUCAUGUCUCUGUAAUACCUCCUGAGAGUGCAGCUGUUUUAACUGGGCUGAAAGAGAAACAUAAACACAAAUGCAAACGUAGAACACAUGAUUAUCUUAGCUAUGACAAACUUAAGCGGCAGAAAAGGAAACGGAAAAAGAAGUAUUUACAGCUGAGGAGCAAAGAAGACCCUAAUUUUCUAGCUGAACUGGAGGAACUAAUAACCAGCUGGAGUGAAUUAAGAAUAACCCAUAGAAGUCAUCACUAUAUCCCAAGAGAUAUUCUUCCUUCUAUCUUCCGAAUCAACUUUGGCAGCUUUUACACCCAUCCACCUUUCCCCUUUGACCCUAUGCACUAUGUCCGAAAGCCCGAACUGAAGAAGAAGAGGGGAAGGCCUCCAAAAAUGCGAGACGCGAUGGCUGAAGUCCCUUUUGUCCACAGCCUGGGUUUCCCUCUUGCAAACGGUGGCUUCUUUCCUUCGUACAGUAUGCCUUACUCUCCAACCCCAGUUUCAGCAGGCCCUCUGGGGUUAGGUUAUUUUGCUCGUUAUCCUCCAACACUAUAUCCACCACCCCCUCCUCCUCCCCCUUCCCUGAGCAGCACAAUGCCACCUCCCUCAUAUAUGCAUACUGGUCACUUGCUUCUAAACCCCAACAAGUACCAUAAAAAGAAACACAGACUCUUGAGACCAGAGGCCUUCUUGGCUGGCAGUCGGACCUCUCUCCUGUCUAUGGGCACUUAUGCCAGCAUUCCAGCAGAAAUGGCUUACAGUUGGAUGCAUGAACAUAAGCAUAAGCAUCGACACAAGCAUCGGGAGCAUCGUUCCUCUGAACAGACUGCGCCAUCUGUGGAUGGCUUAACGGUUAAUCCUUCAUUGUUACGACGGUAUACCUACGGGAAGGAAGCCAUGUCAGAAAGACAUAAACACAAAGACAAACACAGGUGCCAUAUGCCGUACUCCCACUUGAGCUCAUCAAAAGGCUUAUUAAGUAGAGGGGAUCAGUGGACCCGAAGGGACUCAACAGAGCAUGGUUCCAUUUCUGUAGGAUUGCAGACUCCUCUCCAAAUAGACUGUACAGAUGGGUCAGUGGGUUCAUGUUCAGAGCGGUACAUGCCCAGUUCAGAAUCAAACAUCAGUGAAGAACAUACCAAUCUGUUUACAAGUGUAAUAGGAAGCUACAAGCCAAGCAAACUAUCUAAUGGCAUGGGGCGAAAGAAGCAGUCUGAUAGUCCUGAACUUAAUGUCUCUCAGGAUGGCGUGCCGAACAGGUUAAUAAGGAGAGACAGGCCACCUUCCAGUGAAAGAACUUCUCAGACACCAUCAGGUUUACAACCAGUACACGAUAAGCAGGCAUCGCAGAGGCAUCAGGACAGUGUUAAUUGCAGUCCGACCAGAAGGAGAACUCCAUCAGAGUGCACAACUUCAGCAGGAGCAGGAUCAGUGUCACGAGGUACAAAGUUAGGAAGUCCAGUGGAGGAAGCUAUUGAAAAUGUAAUUCAGCGUAUAACGCAAGAUGGAUCACAACAAAUGGCUAUAGAGAAGACAAUAGAAGAUGUUAUAGCCAGUGUAACGGUUACUCAGCCUGACAGUCCCUUAAGUCCCACCUCUUGCAAAAGUUACAGUCAGGAAAGGUGCCAGAACAAACGGGCAGAAACACCUCCCACUCAAACUGUUGUUUCUCCAAAUGAUCAUCUAGAGAAUAGCCAGUUAUCUCCAGACAAACACAAUCUGAAUGCUGGCCAUCGACUGAAGAAGGGCAGAAUAGAAGCCAUUCAAUGCCAGGCAAGGAGAAUGUGCAAUUUUGACAAAAUCUUAGCCACCAAGAAGAACCUGGACCAUGUCAAUAAGAUUCUGAAAGCAAAGAAGCUGCAGAGGCAGUCACGGACAGGGAACAACAUUGUGAAACGCAAGCGAGGCAGACCCAGGAAACGGGAUUUGAGUCUCUCUCAGAUCUGCGCCUCGUUGCCUCCUAAAGAAGAUGAAGCACUUCCUCAGGAACAGAGGGAUAGUGGCGAGAAGAACAAGGAGUCUGACACAAUCAUGGAUGUUAUUGAAUCAGUGCUGCAAAGUGUGAACCAGCAGCAAUCCGAACAUAGGAAGGGUGUGAAACGGAAAAGGCACUUGGAAGAAGACUCCCCAGAAUUGUCUUCAGAAUUAGCUACCGCGUCGAAGACUGGAGGGAAGACAGCAUCGACAGAUACCAUAACACCACCUCCACAGCCAACCGUCCAGAGGGAAAAGAAGGCCCCGCGCCCUCCUAAGAAAAAGUACCAGAAAGCAGGACUGUACUCUGAUGUCUAUAAGGUUCCCGAUCCAAAGAGUCGCCUGAUUCUGGUGAAGAAGGAGAAGCUGGAGUACAUUCCUGGAGAGCAUGACUACGGGCUUUUCCCAGCCCCAAUUCAUGUUGGCAAGUAUUUGAGGCAGAAACGGAUAGAUUUUCAAUUACCAUAUGACAUCCUAUGGCAGUGGAAACAUAAUCAGCUGUACAAAAAGCCUGAUGUUCCACUCUAUAAAAAGAUCCGAUCAAAUGUGUUUGUUGAUGUUAAACCUCUCUCUGGGUGCGAGCCCACAACUUGCAACUGUAAGAGGCCAGUAGACCCUGCGGAGAAGAGCUGCAUGGAGGACUGCCUGAACAGGAUGAUCUUUGCCGAGUGUGCCCCAAGCACAUGUCCCUGUGAUGAGCAUUGUUGUAACCAGCGGAUCCAGAGGCAUGAGUGGGUGCAGUGCCUGGAGAGGUUUCGAGCAGAAGGUAAAGGCUGGGGCAUUCGCACCAAGGAAGCUCUGAAGGCCGGGCAGUUCAUCAUCGAAUAUCUGGGUGAGGUGGUCAGUGAGCAAGAGUUCAGGAACCGAAUGAUAGAACAAUACCAGAACCACAAUGAUCAUUACUGCUUGAACCUGGACAGUGGGAUGGUAAUCGACAGUUACCGCAUGGGCAAUGAGGCACGGUUUAUCAAUCACAGCUGCAGUCCUAACUGUGAAAUGCAAAAAUGGUCGGUUAAUGGCGUUUACAGGAUUGGGCUGUUUGCGUUGAAAGAUGUAAUGGCUGGGACUGAACUGACAUAUGACUACAACUUCCACGCAUUCAACCUGGAGAAGCAGCAACUUUGUAAAUGUGGGGCGGAGAAAUGUCGUGGUAUUAUCGGAGGACGCAGCCAGAGGGUGAAUGGAUUGCUGAACAAAAACGGCCAGCAGGCGAAUGGACAGAAGAAACCGGGCAGAUUGAAGGAGAAGAGGAAAUCCAAGCACAGGUUAAAGAAAAGGAGGGGGCAUGUAUCAGAGGAGCCGAGUGACAACGUUAACAACCCUGCCAAACUGAGCCAACCUCACCAGAUGAAGCCCAUGUCCAACAGGGAGAGGAACUUUGUGCUGAAGCACCAUGUAUUUCUCGUCCGGAACUGGGAGAAGAUGCGGCAGAAGCAGGAGGAGGCGAAGCAGGAGAAUGACAACAGUCAGUCUGUGUCACUGUACACUCGCUGGAAUGGAAUUUGCCGGGAUGAUGGCAACAUCAAAUCUGAUGUUUUCAUGACCCAGUUUUCAGCCCUCCAAACCUCUCGCUCGGUCAGAACCCGGAGGCUAGCCGCAGCAGAAGAGAACAUCGAGGUCGCUCGCACCGCCCGCCUGGCUCAGAUCUUCAAAGAAAUCUCCGACACAAUCAUAUCCUACAAAGAUUCAGCAGAACAAGCACUGGCCGCGCCCCUCCUGAAUCUACCAUCAAGGAAAAAAAAAUCUGAUUAUUAUGAGAAGAUUACAGAUCCAAUUGAUCUCACAAGUAUCGAGAAACAGAUCCUCACAGGCCACUAUAAGACUGUAGAAGCCUUUGAUGCAGACAUGCUGAAAGUCUUCAGGAAUGCCGAGAAAUACUACGGCAGGAAGUCUUCCAUUGGCAGAGAUGUUUGCCGCUUGAGGAAGGUCUACUACAAUGCUCGGCACGAAGCCUCUGCCCAGAUCGAUGAGAUCAUUGGAGAGACAGCCAGCGAGGCAGACAGCAGUGAGACGUCUAUUGGUGAGAAGGAGAAUGGCAAUGAGAAAGAUGACGAUGUGAUUCGUUGCAUCUGUGGGCUGUACAAGGACGAGGGGCUGAUGAUUCAGUGUGAGAAGUGCAUGGUGUGGCAGCACUGUGACUGCAUGCGUGUAACUGCAGAUGUUGAGCACUACCUGUGUGAGCAGUGUGAUCCUCGACCUGUGGAGCGGGAAGUCCCCAUGAUCCCACAGCCACAUUAUGCCCAGCCUGGUUGUGUGUACUACAUCUGCCUUCUGCGGGAUGACCUGCUGCUCCGACACGGUGACUGUGUCUAUCUGAUGAGAGACAAUCGGCGAGGUCCUGAGGGCCAGCCUGUCCGACAGUCCUACAGACUGCUCUCGCACAUCAAUCGUGACAAGCUCGAUAUCUUCCGUAUUGAAAAGCUCUGGAAGAACGAAAAAGGGGAGCGAUUUGCCUUUGGUCAUCAUUAUUUCCGACCCCAUGAGACCCAUCACUCUCCAUCAAGACGGUUUUACCAUAACGAGUUAUUCAGGGUGCCUCUGUACGAGAUUAUCCCUCUGGAGGCAGUGGUUGGAACCUGCUGUGUGUUGGACCUCUACACCUACUGUAAGGGGAGGCCAAAGGGCGUGAAAGACCAGGAUGUUUACAUCUGUGACUACCGCCUGGAUAAAUCCGCACAUCUCUUCUAUAAGAUCCACCGGAACCGCUAUCCCGUCUGCACAAAAUCCUACGCAUUCGAUCACUUUCCGAAGAAACUGACACCCAAAAGAGAUUUCUCUCCUCACUAUGUCCCAGAAAAUUACAAGAGGAAUGGAGGCCGACUUUGCUGCACUCCCACCUACCAAACAGCCUUAACAAAGAUAUCCUCGUGGAAAACGGAGAGGACAAAAGUGCACUGCAAGGAGGUAGUUCAGGAGGAGGACCUUCCACCCCCCAUCAUUGAGGACAUGUCUACUGCCCAAGAGCAGCCAGCUGCUGAGAUGCCCCACCUGGAGGAGCAGGAGAGCGAGAGCAGCAGUAACCCUCCCAAAAUGGACUGUAACCCAGAGGAGAAGCAGAGAUUGCAGAGAGACAACCUCAACAAAAUCCUCCUGAACCUGUUGGCCAAGAUCCCAGGAAAAAACGCUAUCGACGUAACCUACUUGUUGGAAGAAGGAUCAGGGAGGCGGCUACGUAGGCGCACACUAAUGUUAACUGAGAGCAGCUUCAGGAAGUGAUGCACAACCAUGGAAGGGAGCGUUUCCUGUAUUGGAAAUCAUGGCUUCUGCCCUGUCCUAUUGCGUCCUGACAGCAAGAGAAUUGAGGGAUGGGGCCCCUCCCCCACCACCCUACACAACCCCUCUACUCCUCAACCCCCCCCUCACUCCCCCCACGAGCUCUCUGAUUAAACUAUUAAAUAGGACAGGAGGAUGAAGAAGAAACUGACAAAUUGAAACGCGUUAGCACUUGGAUGCAGUGAGCCGGCCAGCACUCCCGCUGUUGAUCUGCAGAGUGCUCUUGCUGUGUGCGCACACAUGCACGCACGUGUGUAUGGUGUUCCUCUCAUUAACAUCGGGGGAAGCGGGGCUCAGUCAACUCCAUGCUCCCGUGGCCUGAGGCAGCCGAGAAACUUUAUUUUGGGGGAGGUGGGGCACUAUUAUGUUGCCAAACCACCAUCCAUGAAGUGGGUGGAGGUGGUGUCUGAUUGAAAUGUUAAUAAUACACAAGCGUCAAGAGAUCUCUUCUUUUUUUAAAAAAAAAGGACUGAACUCCAUUUCUGUUCCUGUUCUUUGAUUGUAUGUGUGAAUUCACCAGUGUGAUUGUCAUACAGUUUGUCCAGAGUGUGUAUAUAUGUAUAUGGAGAAAGAGAAGACAGCUGAGAAACAAGGUAGUGGGAUAGGGACGUUUACAAUCCAAGCCCACUGUUUGCACUCUCUCUGAGCAAUUAAAGGCAACCUGUGUGCUGGCCCAGUAACCUACUAUGGUACGUGCUUGGAUCAGGUCCUGCCCACCUUACCUUCAGCAAAACAAAAAGCAAUUAAUAAGCAGAGGGCAUAAAUAUAGGCGAAAAAAAUGAAAUUAAAAAGAGACACGAGUGGAUUGGAAGAUUGAUUGAUUAAUAGCACUUAAAGUGUCUUUGUAGUUGGGUCAGGGAGAGGAGGGGUCUUGCUCUGGGUGGAAUGGGAUCUUUGGUUUUGACUUUUUCUAAGUUCAUUGAGGACAUUCAGAGAUACCAUUGUUGUUGUCCUAAGCUGUGUGUCUGGUGUGCUCCGUAAAGCAAAUAAAUUAAGGUGUGCUUUCUCAAAAACCGUCACCCCAUCCCCCUGGAGGUUUGCACACAAGGGUCUCCUGCUGGGACUGAUGGCAACAUUGCGCAUCACGCAAGUUACACCUAGCUUAAUGGUGACUACGCUUGAGGACAAGUCUGAGAGAUUGUCCUAAGUUGUGCUUCCUGUACUCUUGGUAAAAGAGAAGGUUAUGAAAGAACCGAGCACCAAAGAGUUAAUUUUGUUAUCAAAACAAGUGAUCUGUGGAUGAAGUUUCUCAUUCCCAUUAAGCUCUGAGAGAUUAACAUCUCUCCUGAGCAAUUUUCUCCCAGCUAAGACCCCACUAUUACAAAGAGUCUGGGGGUCCUUGAAUGAGAUUCAGGGCUAAUUCUUUCUCUAGAAUCUGUUAAGACUUUUGAACAAGCCACUCAUUUGGCCCAUCAAUCCUGAUCCUUUUGUAAAUCCAUGUGCGACUCCGCCUUCAGGCAGCUCUUUCGCUGGCCCAUUUCCUGUCCCAAACCUUUCUUUAAUGAGCCGAGCAUUGAGUGGGUUUGUUUGAAGCUGUUCCUGCCCACCUUUAACAUCAGAUGUGAAUGGGUCCCAAACUUUGAUGUGAAACCGGGACUGAUGAUCCCACGUCUAAUUAGGCGUGCGGUUACUUUCAAACAAAAACACAUGGCCUAACAAUAACAUUGUCAUAACAUGAACCAUACAAGUUGCUGCUGUUUCCUCAAGUUCCUGUCCCCCUUACUUUGUUAUUACUUAUUUCCAACCUGGGGUGAGCUGGAGUUUGCAUGCUGUAUACCCAUAGUGCAGUGCAGCAGGGCAGGAAGUCAUCUUGCCCAUUGAAUCAGCUCAGACUCUCAGGGGGGAGGAAGAUCAAUUUGGUUUAUUCCACUUGCCCUUGUUCUUAUUGCAUUUGUUUCUCUCGUUUGAAAUACUUAUCUAUUUCCCUUUGCAUUUGUAUCUCCCACCUGAUCAGGCAGCGUGUUCCAAAGCUAAAUGAACCAUCAUGUUAUGUCAUCUCUGAUUCAUUCUCCCCCCCCCCACCUUUGUUUUUCAGGGAGAACCACAGUACAAGUCCAGAAUUUUUGUCUGCUCUGUGACCGGUUCUGAUCUUGUUGUACAUUAGGAGAAAAUAUACCGGUUUUCCCCUCCCCCUCCCAACUCCGUCAUCUGUUCGAUUUUUUUUGUUGUCUUUGCAGUUAGCAAUUCAUAGCCUGUACCCGCUAGAAUUGGAUCACAUGGAUUUGCAACAAGUAAAUCUGACCACAUUAUUAAAAUGAACAUGACUUGUGACUUCUACUUCCUGAUCACAUUCAGUAGGUCUGACUGUACCUGAACUCUUGCCUAUAGCAUCUUGGCCAGAAACAUAAGGCAGAAUCCCUGUCUCUUUUGCUUCAUUCAACAUUUCCUCCCUCCCAAAAGCUAUAAACUCCCCUGGCCCCGCGCACACUUAGUGCUGUCAUCUAUUUCCCUGCUGAGUGGCAGAUCGUCAGAGAGAGAGAGACACCAAACCUCUGCCCCAAAAUCACUGAUCGCAGCAGAGGGCGUGGUGGGGGAGACUGGGUCAGGAAGCCUCUUACAGGAAGAGCAGUGGGUGGCUUACUGUCCUUGAAGCAGCAGUAUCAGGACCGUGUGGGGAAAGGGACUGAGUGUUGAUUGCCAGGUCAACCAAUCGUGUUGGGGGCCAUGUCAAAAUACAUUUGAACUGAGGUUUGGGGUGCGUGAACGGAUUGGGAAGCCACAGUUACCGAGGGUCUUCACUUGUGUACAGUAUUAACCAGCUACAUGUGCAACACCAGUAACACCAAAGUCAUGGCCAAGUGGAGCCAGUGUGAAAUCUUCUCUUAAAAUAAAACCAACAUAAGUAGGCAGGAGAAUACAAAAGGAAAGCCACUACAGAAAUGAAAAGCAGUAUUCAAAAUGAAAAAGUAUUUGUUGUGAAGUAGAAAACAUUUGCAUAGAAGUAAUAAUCAAGACACUACGUUUGUGUUCUGUUUGAACUGUACAGUGUAGUACCUUCCCCCCGCCCAUUUUAACUAAAAAAAAACCAAAAAGGAAAAAAAAAAGCUUUGCUUUGUCCGUAUGUAAGCUUAUGCAGUCCCACUCCCAACAUCCUUUUAAAUAAGUGGAAAAAAACAGAAAUUAUGAUGUGCCAAUGUGUACAUAUCAGUUGUGUGGUUGUCAGCAAUACAGUCAUCACAUGUUCCUUUUACACGGACCAAUUCUGUCCUAAUGUACAAACGCAUUGCGUCAAUCUCAGUGGAACAUGUUCCAUCCCAUUCCCCUUUUGUGUCUCAAAAGAAGAAAACCCUUUGAGAUCGUAUUUUAUUAAAAAAAAAUCGAAAAAAGAGAAAGAUUGUUUUGACUAUUUUCUUACUGCAAAGCAACACUGUACAGUAGCAGACGAUUGAGUAUGAGAUACUCGAUUCAUCAUUGAUAGGAGUUUUGACAGGUCUGUAAUAUUUUCAUUUGUCUCCUAUAGACAUUUCACUCUUGGUAAUAGUGUCAAACACUAAGAAAAAUACAAAAAAAAAAUUUAUAUAUGUAGAAGGCACACUAUGUCUGUCAUUUUCUCUUUCUUUGCUGAAAGAUUAAAUCAUGUUUUAGACAAUCAGUGGUUAGGUAAUGCCAUUUUAUUUUUUCUUCCUCUUUCCUUCCUUUCCCCUACCCUCCCCUCCCCUCCUUACUGGCAUAGAAAGUGAUGACAGGUUUUUUUUUAAAUGUUUUUUUGGGUUACUUUUUAAAAAAAAAUUACAAAAACAAAGUCACGGAAUCGCUGUUUAAAAGCACUACAUUAUUGCAAAUAGAUAUAACUAUAGUCUGCAUGGGUGUAGGCAGUGUGAUUGUUUGCUGGAAAAAUGCUGCUAAUAUAUUUACUUUUUACAGAAGCAUAUCUAAUAGAUAAUUGUUUUGACUUUAAUCUUUGUAAAUUAUGUAUUACGAAUUUUAACGUUGGAUGUAAUUGCAUAAAGACGCGUGUAUCUCAACUUGAGAAAGUCUAGUAUUAAAUGGA